CCUCUGGGCUUUAGUACCGACUACCGGGUACCAUUGUACAACCGCCGAAUCCCGAGUACCGACUGGCGACAACAAAAUAUCAAAUAUGUCUGUAAACAUUGUCUAAUUUGUGUGGCGUAAAUUUUUAUUUUUGUCGGUGAAUGGUGAAUGUUUUUAUGAACUGAGUUGAUAAAUUUGUUUAGUUCCGCUUUGGAAACCCUUUGGCAGUCACCGCAAUGGUUGUUUCUGAUUUGCCAAAGAAUCGAAAAGAAAAAAUGGAAGGGGAUCAUUCGGAUAAGGAAAAUAAAAGAGAAGAACAAAACAUAAAAAAGAAAAAACGUACUCGUUCAUCAAGCAGUGGUUCGAGUAGUAGUCGUUCUUCAUCAAGUAGCUCUCGCUCUGGCAGUGGUUCUUCAGGAUCUAGUAGCCGUUCAAGCUCGAGCAGUUCUGGUUCCAGUUCACGUUCUAGCUCAAGUUCAUCAAGUUCAACUAGUUCUUCUGGUACAUCUACUGGUAGAGCUAAAGUAAAAACAAAGCAACCAAAACUGAAAAGUGGCAGUAAAACGAAGAGUAGAAGCCGCAGUCCAAGAAAAUCAAGACGUGAUGACGAGGAAAAAGUAAAAAAAGCUGAAAAUAAAACUAGAACUUCUAGAAAAACAAGAUCAGGUAGCCCAAUACGGCGUAAGAAGGAAAGAUCGCCAACUCCAAAACCUUGCCGUAUUCAUGUUGGUCGUUUGACUCGGAACAUUACUAAAGAACAUAUUCAAGAAAUAUUUUCAGAUUUUGGAACAAUAAAAGAAGUAGAUGUACCUUUAGAUCGAUUUAAUAAAUUGUGUAAGGGAUUUUCUUAUAUUGAGUAUUCUUCGCCAGAAGAAGCUGAGAAUGCCAUGAAACAUAUGGAUGGAGGUCAAAUCGAUGGACAAGAAAUAACUUGUGCACCAGUAUUAUUGCCACGUCCAGCUAUUCGUAGAAGUCCUAUUCGCCGUGGUGGCUGGGGCGGUGGAGGUGGUGGUGGUGGAGGAGGUGGUGGUGGUGGUGGUGGUGGACGCCGAAGAAGUCCACCUCGAUAUAGACGUAGAUCACCAAUGCCUAUUAAACGGCGUUCUCCUCGUCCACGUAGAAUGAGAUCUCGUUCGAGAUCUCCAAGAAGGCGUAAGCACAGUCGUUCUGGAUCCAGCAGCUCACCUUAAAUUCCAAUAUAGUGGUUCCAACAGUUGUCAGGACAAUGCUGAGGUUGAUAUUACCACCCAAAAGAAGAGACCACACACUAGAUGCGCCACCUCCAGGACUUAUUCCUGUAAAAAACAAGCCCAAUUGCAUUGGAACUGAAUUUGGAAAUAUUAGCUUGGCAUAAAUAAAACUUAACUGAAAUAAAAUAAAACAUAUUAAUUACUCUCA